AUUACGGGAAGCACAUGGUAUGACUUAAACCGCCCAUGAUAUUUUUCAAUGAAGAUGGGGAAACCAUGACAUUUAUAAAUGUGCAAUCUGAACAUAUAAUGGAGAGUAAUACUCAACAAUCACGUUCACUACAUAAUUCUUUAAACAGAUAUCAAGCUUUAGGUAUCAACUUAAACUCAAAAAGCCGAGCAGAGCUAUUACAAAUUUUGUGUCUUGUCAUGGGAAUUCCGUCGGCAGUUGACCCUGAUCCAUCUUAUGAACUGACAGCUGACAAUGUCCUUAAACUUAUAGCAAUUCACAUGCGAAUGCGUUGCAAAGUUCCAGUUAUUUUAAUGGGAGAAACUGGCUGCGGCAAAACAAGAAUGAUGGAAUUCAUGAAAAAAUUACUACAACUGAAAUCAGAAGCUGAGCUGUUGUUUAUCACAAAGAAGAUUUACGGGGGAAUAACAAUUUCAGAUAUUCAAGACACAGUGUGGAAAGCUCUAGAUAAAUGCAGACAAGACAGUCGUGUAUCCAGUUCAAAAUCAAACCCAGAUUCAAGAAAAAAGAUAGUCUAUUUAUUUUUUGAUGAAGUUAAUACUACGGAAGCAGUGCAUGCAAUUAAGGAAUUGAUGUGUGAUCAAACUUGUGAUGGAGAGUUAUUGGAUGAAGGUGAUAUUCAAGUUAUAGCCGCCUGUAAUCCUUACAAAAAACUGUCAGAAAAAGCAAUUCAACAGCUUCAGAAAUCAAGUCUUGGAAGAAACAUACAUGUUAAGCAAUCUGACCAAAUCCAGGGUGAGCCCAUGCAGGACUUACUGUACAAAGUUGUCCCAAUGCCACCGAGUAUGCAAAUCUUUGUUUGGGAAUUCGGUGAAAUCGAUGCUGCCACUGAAGAACUGUAUAUUCGGCAAAUGUCUAAAAAAGUAUACAAUAAUGAUUUAGAUCUGGAUAUUUUCUGUCGCAUCAUUUGCAAGGCACAGCAAUAUAUGAGGAAUCAAAAUAGUGAGUGUAGGUUUGUUAGCCUUCGAGAUGUAGAAAGAUGCUUAGAGGUUUACAGAUGGUUUUAUGAGCACAAAAACGUUUUGUUUGAUCUCCUUCAAGAAAAAGGUCACAACUUCUCGGCAAUCAAUCGCACUAGAGGGAUUUGGGAAAUAUUUCAAACCAUAGGUGUAUGCUACCAUGUAUCCUUGGAGGAGAGAAGAGAAUUUCGUAAAGAAAUUAUGGAUAUCUCACAGGAUGUUUGUCCGGGUAUGGGACAGGAGGAUUUUCUGUAUGAACUUGAAGCAGUUCAGAAUAUUUUUAUCAAUGAGGCAAAGCUGGAAGAAAACAUUUCACGAAACGAAUCAUUGAGAGAAAAUUUUUUUAUGAUGGCCAUUUGUGCUGACCUGAAGAUGCCACUUUUCAUAUUGGGAAAACCAGGAAGUUCAAAAUCACUUGCAAAAACAACAAUAUCAACAAGCAUGAGAGGAGCUUAUUCAGAGUCAAAGUUGUUCUCUAGGUUAAAAGAGGCACGGAUAUUCACUCUUCAGUGCAGUGCACUAACGAAGGAUAAAGACAUCUUGCACAUAUUCAAUCUGUGUACAGAAUUACAAAGUGGGAAUAAGAACUUUGUGGCUGUUGCUGCGCUCGAGGAAAUUGGCCUAGCAGAAGAUUCACCAACUAUGCCACUUAAAGUUCUGCAUCCAUUGCUCGAUUCACACCGUGUGGUCGAAACGACAAAACCAAUUGCGGAUUUUAUGGAAUUUCUAACUGGCCUUUGGACCCAGCAAAACUCAACCGUGGGUUAUUUCUUCUCCGAAGUCCACCAAAACAAGACGAAUUGAUCAAUAGUGCUGUCAGCAUAUGUGGCGAAGACUCAA